CUGUUUGAAAUGGCUGACUCAAUAGCUUUUGAUGAUGUUUUCGUGGAAGACAUGGGCAUUUUGAACGUCGGUCGUAUCAGACUAACCCCGACAGCUAUUCAAUUCAAAAAUGAAACAACCGGAAAAGUGAUAAGUGUGACACCUUCCAACCUCGAAUAUCUUGCUUGGCAGCGGCUUGGUAACAAACCCGGAGUCAAUUUCAAAUCAAACGAUGGUCACAAGCUUAGAUGCGGAGGAUUCAAAGAAACUGAUUUUGAAAAAUUGAAAAGCUACGCUAGUCAACACUGGCAAAAAGAGUUGGAACCCAGAGAUUUAGUUUUGAAAGGUUGGAACUACGGAGAUUGUCGUGUUGAAGGUAAAUCCAUUGAGUUCACUUUCGAUGGAAAACCAAUUUUUGAUGUUCCUUUGUCGAAUGUCUCGAACUGCGUCGGAAACAAGAGUGAAGCUACCAUUGAGUUCCACCAGAGUGAUGAUUGCCCAACUUCAUUGAUUGAAAUGCGUCUUCACAUGCCUGCCAACCCUGAUGAUGAAGAAUACGACCCUGUAGAGGAAUUCCGUAAAGCUGUCAUGAUGUACGCCGGGAUUGAAACUGAUGCUGGACAACCAGUGGCUUCUCUUUCUCAAAUUCUCUGCACAACUCCUCGUGGACGUUACGACAUCAAAGUUUAUCCACAAUUCUUGUCCCUUCACGGAAAGACAUACGAUUACAAAAUUCCUAUCAAAACUAUCAUGCGUCUGUUCCUUGUUCCCCACAAAGAUGGUCGUCAUGUAUAUUUCGUGAUUUCUCUCAAUCCACCAAUCAGACAAGGUCAAACCAGAUACCACUAUCUUGUUCUUGAGUUUUUGAAAGAGGAAGAAAUCGAGUUGUCCUUGGGAUUAACCGAACAACAACUUGCUGAGCAAUAUGGAGGCAAACUUGGAAAAGAGAUGAGUGGACCACUUUAUGAGGUCGUCUCAAUGAUUUUCCGUGUUCUGAUUAAUAUGAAGAUCACAGUGCCAGGGAACUUCAUCGGUCACUCCGGAACACCAGCCGUUAUGUGUGCUCAUAGGCAAGCUUCUGGAUUCCUUUAUCCAUUGGAGAAAGGUUUCUUGUACAUUCAUAAACCCCCCAUGUAUAUUCGAUUUGAGGAAAUUGCUUAUGUUAACUUCGCUCGUUCUGACGUGUCUACUAGAUCAUUCGAUUUUGAAAUUGAGUUGAAGUCUGGUCAAACUCUUCUAUUCAACAGUGUAGAGAAAGACGAGUACAACAAACUUUACGAUUAUGUCCAGAACAAGCAUCUCCGUAUCAGAAAUGCCAGAAAGAUGGAGAAGAACCCUCUUGAGGACAGAUUCUCAGGAAGUGAUGAUGAAAUUGAUCGAUACAAGGAGACUGUUAAAGCCGAAGGAAAAGAAAGAGAACAGACAGAUUCUGACUCUGAAGAUGAUGAUUACGAUCUUGACGAGGAUCUUAAAAAACGACAGAAAGAAAGAGAGGAAGACUCCUCAGAAGGCAGCGGCUCUGAGCCCGACGAGGAAUAUGAUUCAGAUGCCGAUUCUGUUGCUGGCAGUGGAAGUGGAAGUGGUUCUGGUGGAGAUGACGACGAAGAUGGCGAACGUAAAUCCAAGAAGGCAAAGAAGGAGAAGAAGGCUAAGACAGUGAAGGAACCCAAGGAACGCAAGGGUAGAGAGACAAAGAAAGGAAAGAAAGAGAAGGACCCCAAUGCCCCUAAACGUCCACAAAGUGCUUACUUCCUCUGGCUCAAUGAGAAGAGAAGUACUCUUAAAAAACCCGGAGAUUCAGUUGCCGACGUCGCUAGAAGAGCUGGAGAAGUUUGGAAGACUAUGUCUGCCAGCGAUAAGAAGCCUUUCGAAGAAAAAGCAAGUGCUGAUAAAGAACGAUAUGAGAGGGAGAUGACAGCCUAUAAGAAAAAGCAAAAAGAUGCUCCAGCAGCACCAGUUUCUCCAUCGACGAAGUCUUCUAAGAAAUCAACAGGACCAUCACCAUCCAAAGCCAAGUCAAAAGAAUAUAUAAGCGAUUCUGAUGGAUCUGAUCAAGAAGACAAAGCCAAAUCGGGCUCCGGGAGCUCCGACAAUGACUCUGAUGAUUCCGAUUAA